GCACAGCAUUUAAUUACCUGUGUUCCACUACUCAUGUCGGUAAAUAAUCACGCAUGUCGAGGCAGUAAAUUAAGUUAAUCUUCCCGUGCCAUUGCCACCUCUUCAAAGUUCAAACUAUCAAUUUUCAAAAGUUACCGCUUCUUAACCUCCGAUGAUGUUACCGAGUUGUGACUCAGUUCCCGCAGCUUCGUCGCCUGGCAUUAAAGAUGAAGCGAGUGAUGGGAUUGAAUAUCAAGACACUGAACCUUUUGAUGACAUUAUUAUUGCGGAUAGUCCCUUGUCAGAAACCCAGUUGGAAAUUCUUCAUGCUGAUACUGAGGUUUUAGAUAGUGACAUUGACAAAGUUGUGCUGGAUAGUGAUGAUGAAGGAAUACAAAGUACCGAGACGGUGAGUUUGAUGAACAACCUUCCUUCUGGUAAAACAGAUAUAAGUCUGGAAGGGGACACAGAAGUAAUGGACAAGAGGCAGCUCAGCCCAGCUAGUAAUCAAUCUUAUGUAGGAUAUUUCAGAAGACGGGGUAGCAAAAUACAAAGUUGUUCAAUUUACAAAGGAAGUGAUACUGGGUCUAAAUCCAUCUAUGCAGAGGCUACCUGGAAGAAACAGCAUAUAGUUGGGGGCUAUGAAAAUGCAGUAGAAUGUCAAGCAGCAAUGCAAGGAAAUAUAGAGGAAGUUGCGGUAGAUAAUAGGAAUUGGGGUUGUGAUGGCAAGAUAACUUCCUCUGCUGAUUUUAUUAAGAGCAUAGAUGUGGCCAGUAAUUUUUCCACAGCAGAUGCUCGCUCCGAAAGGGAGGUACCUUUAAGCAAAUGUGAGGCUGUUGAAGGGAGAGAAGGUACUUCCUGGGUAAGUAAUGGCCAUGAUCUUUCACCCCUGAGUUAUGUCGAUUCUCAGGAGCCUGGAGAGCAUUCACAAGCUAAUGCAUUGAGUGUGGUGGAUCUCUAUCUAUCAGGUAUUGAUGUAGGCAUGUCUCCUGAUGUCCAAAGAGGGAAGGUUACCAAGAUUGUGUCUCCCCCUUCUCUUUUUAGGAAGGGGUCUCAAGCUUUGGCAAGGCAGGCCAACCUUAGAUCCACAUAUGGAAAGUUUGAAGUCUUCGAUUGGUCCGGCAACAAAACUGAUGAACUGGCAGGUUUUCAUGUGAAAAGCAACAAGGAAGGUCUCCGAGAGAGAUCUACAAAGUCUCAACAUUUUAGUGAUCUGAACCCUCAGAAAGACAAUAAUUUUGGUGUUGAAAAGCUGCAGAUGGCAGUGGCACAUAAUGAACAUAAAGAUUCAACACAAAUGACACUCAAAAUUAAUGAAACUUCUGAGUCGAUGCAAGCUACUGAGUUGAAAAGUGAUACAAAUAUCACCAACCAGUUGGAUAACCAUGCUGAUGUAGAAUCAUUCGCACAGCAGUCGAAUAUGGAUGUGUUGGAAAGAGAUGCAUAUGAUAUGUUUGAUGUUGGCCUUGACACUCAGAUGGCUGCUGAGGCAAUGGAAGCCUUAAUGUAUGUCACCCCACCGAGUAAAAAUAUUAAUGCCCCUCCAGCUUUGGAAAACUCGCCUGAAGAUACAUUGAGAAGUGAGGUGGUGACUGGAGCAUCAAAAUGUAGUUCCUUUCAUGUGGGCGAUGAUUCAGAAGUCACUGCGAAGGAUCCGAACAGAACGGCGCAGUCUCUUGACAUGCUGAACAAAAUUAAAUUUUCUCCCUCUGAACUUGAUGCAAAUGAAAACAAGACGAGGGAAAUAAAGAAACUAAUGAGUCAAACUUUGCCAGUAAAAGAGAAGAAUAUCAAAGAGGCCGGGUCUUCAAAAUCUGUUAAACGUGACUCCUACAUUGUGAAAUGUAGAGGGAAGGUCAAGAGUUCUCCCUUUGCUUGUUCUACUAGGCAGUUUUUGGUGCAUUCGCCACAAAAUGUAGAGGGUCCACCAUGCAAUUCUAGAGAAAGUUUGAAUUGUAUCGUUAAAGAGGUGGAUUGCCUUGAAAGAGGAACAAAGAGGAGGAAGCUAAAUUCUGUUAAUUCUCAAGCUGUGGACAUCAAAUAUAAAUUACCAAAGCCAGUUACUAACGCACAUUGUGGAGCCACCAAUAGCAACUCAAAAAAACAAAUGCAAACUGAUUCAUCUGCAGCUGUCACUACCAGCCACUUAAAGCUAGAUAUCUGGACCUAUCCAAAAAGGAAAAGAACUCAUCCUAAGGUACUAAGCUACUUACUAAAAUCAGGUAAUCAUUAUGCUUCAUCUUCACCAGGACUUGCUAAAAAUAUCAGCACUCGGUCUGUUGGAAUUUCUCAAAAGUCAGAAGCAGACUUCAGUGCCAAUCAUUCUAUCUUACAAGCAGUCAGGAAACCACGAUCAAUUUGUCAAGUUCAGCCGCUGUUAAAUAAGAAAUUUGUAGAAAGCUUUUCCAGGGAGAAUGCAGGGAAGGAUCUAAUACCUGAUGUGUCAUCAAUUGCAGAAUACAAUUUAUUACAUGCUCAUGGGGGUGCCGGAGUCGGCAAGCAAUUGCUCAAGAAAAUAUCCCCGAGAUCGCCUCUAAUGAAAGAGCUCAGUCGAUUAGGGUUUGCUGAAUCCCUUCCUGAGUUUGUGUCCAAAGAUUUGAGAAGGCGAAGGAACAUGGCAAAUGUUCAAGUGUUGUUUAGUCAAAGCUUGAAUGACGACAUAAGAAAACAACAAAAAAAGAUCUUGGCACGGCUAGGGAUCUCUGUUGCUUCUUGCUGUUCAAAAGCUACACAUUUCAUAACUGACAGAUUUGUCCGGACAAGGAACAUGUUGGAAGCCGUUGCUCUUGGUAAACCAGUAGUGACACCUUUAUGGUUGGAGAACUGUGCAGAAGCUGGUUGUUUAGUUGAUGAGGAAAAGUAUAUCCUGAGGGAUGUAAAGAAGGAGAAGGAAAUUGGAUUUGAUUUAUCUGUUUCAUUAAAUCGAGCUAGACACCAUCCCCUUCUUAAGGGUCAAAGAGUCUUAAUCACUCAAAGCGUCAAACCUUGCAAAGAGAUGAUUGAAAGCUUGGUCAAGUCAGUUAGUGGUCAGCCAGUGGAGAAUAUUCUGACAACUGCACAGGAUAAAUUAAUUCAUGAAGAUUUAUUGAUCCUUUCAUGCGAAGAAGAUUAUAAGACUUGUGUGCCAUUCCUUGAGAAAGGCAUGCCUGUCUACAAUUCAGAGCUUCUUCUAAGUGGGAUCGUUACCCAGAAACUAGAUUAUUUGAGCCAUCAGCUCUUUGCAGAUUAUGCCAAGAAGAAUUCCAUGAAGGUUUAUUCACGAAGAGCCAAAAUUCAAAUAUAACAACUCGUGCAGCUGCUCAUGUACAUAGCUUUAUUUGAAUUCUUCUCUGUUUUAGUCAUAGUGGUGGCAGCUGAGACUUGAAUACUGGCAAGUGUUGUUCAGGGAAGGAGAUGAUUUUGUACAUUAAAUUAUUUGCAGCAGACUUGUCUUUUAGUACUACAUUCAAGUUCCCUUUCUUGUUGUGUAAUUGUUGUUUCAAUGUCCAUCUUCAACGCAAGUACUAUAACUCCUCAAAUUGAAGUCCAUUGUAACUGUCAACCAUAGCAUGAUAUGAGGUACUUAAAUUGAGUGUUUGGUUUCCUUUGUUUUCUA